CGGAUUCAUAGACGAACGCCGAAGAUGUUGACAGAUGUACACAACAACAACAACAGAACACCACACAUGGCAUAAGCUAAGAAGACAUUCAGCAAGACGUUGAUCCUUUGUAUAUGAUAAACAUUUAGUCAACAUGGACUCAACGCACCGAGAAUUUUCCAUAAAAGGAGGAAAAGUUCGGAAAUCACACAUGGAAAAACUCGUCCUAGACCCUCCUCCAGAAACUGCUGAAGAAAUCAUUAAAGAAGCAUUUAAAGACCUCAUUGCACCUGAGAGUCCCCCACAACAAGUUGGUGCAGUGGAAAAGCUUGUAGUAACAGCCUCAGGUUCAGAAGCAUCAGCCAGGGUGUGUUGUACUCUCCUUGUGUCAUCACUGCUGCAGCUCAAGCCUAAAGUUCAACUGAGAAACAAGAUAUUAAAGUCCCUCCCGUCUAUUGGCAACAGUUACCCGCAGUUGUACCGUGAGAGUGUCAUGACUGUGCUCAACUGUGCCUUAACACAAACCAGUGACCCCAUUGUCCUGAUGCAGGGAGUUUCUCUUGUUGUUGAAGGUGCAGGUACAUUAUUCUGCAAGUUCCAGAAGCAGGAAGAUGCAGGAAGCUGUUGUGAUGAAACCAAGGAAGAGACAUACAGUAAAGAGGCUAUUCUAGAGCUCCAACCCAGGAUCAUACAGGCUAUGCUACAAGGGAUAACCCUCCUCUGGAAUAAAAAUUUCAAAGAAUCUUCAUCAUCAGUAGAAGCUUGUGUUGUCUUACAGCAAAUACAGCAGCUGAUGAAGAGCAGUACUAUGUACUUCCAGCAGUAUUACAGUGGUCCUGUACAAACUACUGUUGUAUCCCAAGAUAUGCAUGAACUGCUAGAGGCUGUGUUGAAAGUGGUCCAACAUCCUAGUUGUCCUUUAGACUUGAGAAUCAAUUGUGGUCAGUUGUUUGUUGUGAUUCAUAAUGUCAUAUCUCAGGGAAGACUUUGUCAUCUUGUCCAGCUUAUUGUAAAUGGAGAUGAACAGUAUUGUGAUCUUGCAAGAGUUGCACAGUUGGCUCUCAUCAAUGGUGUGUUGUGUAUCACACAUGGUAAGGACCUUUAUAUUAAACAUGAUGACACUUGCCUGGGUGUACAAGUGCUUCAAGCGGUUCUUACCUCUGCCUCUCAGUCUAAUGAUGGUAAUGUUGCUGUUAGUAUGAUAAGAGUUGUGUUUCAAUGGACUCUGCGAACUCAAGAAGCAUUACAGUCUCCUCUUGCAGUAGGUGAUUUGAAAAAUGUACUAAAUCUGAGGUGUCCUGUAUUGACAAGUCUUUUGGACUAUCUUUGGUUAGCUUGGGAUCAUUUCUUGGACAGUGUCAAACAUACCACAAAGGAAAGUUUUAUGAAUUUAAUAAAGAUAAUGCAAGGAAUUGAUUUUGAAAGCAGUAAGCACUAUUUUUUAAACAUAUGCAAGAUGUUCCUGAAUCAGCUGAGUUCACGAAAAUAUAGAUGUAGUGCUGUGAGUUGUAUGGUGCCUGUGGUAGGCGCCCAAACCCUUCUGGAACUUUACCCGAACUUGCCAAAUGAGCUCCUAAAUUAUAUGAAGGAUCCAGCCAUGGCCAGUCAUGCAGCAGAACUGUUAGAGGCUCUUUUCAAGCAACAUGUGAAGGAAGUAUCAUCUGUGGUUUGGCAAAAUGUUUGGCUUACUAUUUUCAUUGAUUCCUUUUCCAAAGAAAUGCAAGUAUUUGGGUAUGAAUUAUUGUUCAAGAAGCUACUUUUUACAUGCCCAGAAAGUCUUGAUAUUGCUGUGGCAAGACUUGUUCAGUGCUCAGUGGACCCUGUUAGUGAGAAGUUAUGUCUCCUUAUAAUGUGUGUGAAAAUUGGCAGAUAUUCAUCUCACUGGCUUAAAACAUGCCAGUCCAGGUAUGAUGAGAAUGAUAGUAGUAUGUGGAGGUGUAUUUUGCCAUAUAGGACCAUUAAGCUCUGCUUGUCACACAAGGAAGAAUCAGUAAGGAUAGCAGCUUUUAGUCUUCUGUGUGAGAGCCCUAAAUCUACUGAACUUCUUGAGAAACAUGAACUAGACCUUAUUUUAGACUAUUACAUUUAUAGUAUGCCUUCUCAGAGCCCUUCAUAUAGGCAGCAGUUGGUGAAGAGUACAAAGAAAUUGUUUCAGAGAAUCAAGGAUGGUUCAGGAGCCUUAAUAAAAUCAGGAAAAAAUAAAGAGAAUGAAUGUUUAACCAAUACAACCAUCAGUGAGCAGUCAUUAUUUUGCACAAAGCUAUUCUCAUUGAUGGCUGAGAGCCUUAACUGUGGAGCAAACAUGGUUCGUAGGAGCACAGCACUGACCAUCUUACAGAUGUUUCAUGAUAUUAUUCUACAAGACUGUGGGAAAAUAUUUCAUAUAAAUCAACUUAGUAAUGAUGAAGUUUACAUUGAUACUUUACUAUGUGUAUUAAAUGACUCAUUUGAGUGCAACAAGAUAAUUGCUCUUAACAUACUGUGUUCUGUGGUUGAAGAAAAUUGGGGAAUUGAGCAACACAUGAAAAUAUGCUCCCUUGUAAAAGCAGCCUCGAGCUUUGCUUCAUCAUGUAGGCCACCAGACUCACUCACUUCAGCUUAUGUGUUCAAAUUUUUGUGCAAACAACCAGCAGCAGUAAAGAUGGUUAAAGAAAGACUUAUGCAGGAAUAUAAUUUUGAAAAUCCAAGAGAGGUCCUGUGUAGAUACAUCUUGGAGUCUCUUAAAAAAGAAGUACAGACUGCACAAGAAAGUUUACUGAUGGCAGCAGCUUCAGGACCCAUGUAUGGACUUCUCCUGUGUUUGAAAAUGCUUAUCUCUGAUAUAUCAGAGUCAGAACUGACCACAUGCCAUGGCCUUUGGGUUCACCUGAUACAAGAAGUGUUGAAAAUCUGCUACACAAUUUCUGAUUUAGUAGCCCCAGUAGUAAGAAAUUCCUCCCCAGAAGGCCAUUUGCCAAUGGAUCUCAAUCCAGAAAGCUUGGCAACUUUAAGAGCUACUUUGCAAGCAUCCCUUGGAAAUCAGCAGUUUCAAGAAGGAGAGUUUAUACUCUCACAAGAAUCAGAAUCUGAUGAAUUAGUGAAGGCUCAAGCUGUAAGUGCACAAAUGCUACUACUUUGUGCCUGGCGCUGUGUAAAAGAGAUUUCUUUAAUAUUGGGCGACUUAAUACAACAAGUACCCUUGUCUCCUGAUGCUUUAGCUGUGCUCACAGUUGAAGAUGUGACUACAAUAGGUCAGUUCUUCUUAACACAGUUAUCAGAGACAAAACAUAGGGGAGCCUUUGAACAGUCAUAUAUUGGGUUUGGCAGAGUAUGUGACAGAUUAUGGCGGUGUGAAGAAGAACAACUCCGUAAGCUACCAGAGGAAUGGCUUCGGGAUGUGUUGAAUUCCAUACAGAAUUAUAGUGAUACCCGAUUGUGUGCCACACGUCGCAGUGCUGGAGUACCAUUUGUUGUUCAGGCAGUGCUGUCAUCAGAACCUAGUGUUAGGGGGGCAGUGUGUCUUAAAAGUACCAUGACAACCUUGCUUACACUGGCAGAAAAAUGUCAGUCUGAUGGGACUGACUCCAGGAUUCAUGCCUUCAACAUUCUCAGGGCAGUUUAUCGUGAUACAAGACUAGGAGAUCUUGUCAUACCAUAUGUUUCUACUGGAGUUAAAGCUGCAAUUCGGGGAUAUAAAAGCACAUCUUGGGCAGAACGAAAUUCAGCUGCUCUGUUGUUUGCCUCACUGGUAACACGCAUGCUAGGUGUAAAGCAAACACAAGAUGAUCUGAGCCGGAAGAAUGCCAUGUCUGCUUUAGUGUUUUUCAGGAGAUAUCCAGAACUUUUUGACUUUUUAAAAGACGAAUUGGAAGUUGGAGCUGAAGGUGUGAAAGAAAAAAAAUUGGUGCCAGCAUUAUUUCCAACACUCUUGCUUCUGGCUAGGUUGUCCCCUGCCCCUCUUGAGGGUCGUACUUCUGCUGUAUCCUUGAGUUUCUUCACCCCAGCUGUUCUACAGUGUGCUGCCUCCUCAGUUCUGCAGCUUCGUGCUCUUGCCUCUCAUGCUCUUAUUCCCCUUGUGCCUCCUAGUCAUCUUUGUCAAGUUGUAAAUCAACUUUGCAUGGGAGUUUGCCUCACAGAUCAAAAUAAACUUCAUGGCUCCUUACUCUGCCUUUUGAAGUUGUUGAAAAAUUAUAGUGGCAGCAUCACUUCUGACAAUGAAAAAAGUGCUAUUAUUAUGAAUGUUAUUUCAAUAUCAUGGGUAGCAACAGAAAAAAACUCUUGUCUAGUAACACGUGGUUGUGCCUUAGAGCUCUUUACUUUUAUGUGUUCAGAACAUUUUAUCCUAGAAAUAUCUCCUGUAUUAGAACCUAUUAGGUCAGGAGCUCUUUCUCUAAUCCAUUCAAAUGACCCAACAUUACCAAAUAAGCCUUGGUCAGCACUUUGUCAGAGGCAAGCAGCUCUGUUUCUUAUACAGAGUACCAGUUGUCCUUUUGAAGAUUCAAAUGAAUUAAACAUGAUCAAAACUCUUCUGAGUUGUGAAUGUUAUGAAGUAAGACUUGCUGUAUUAGAGCACAUAGCUGAUUUCCAAAAUCCUCCAGAAUUCAUCAUCAAGCAAUUGAUGGACAGAGUUAGGGAUGGAGAAAUUCAUACUGAGUGUCUAAUACUGAUAUAUGAUAUAUUAAGUAAGGCCUUUCAUCCUCAAGAAAUCCACAGUGAGCUAAUAGAGAGAAAUCAACUUGGUCUCCUUCUGCAGCUUAUCAUAUCCAAAACCAAAGGAGAGCCCCAUGUGGAGUUAAUACCAGCAGUACUACAGUUUAGUUCUGCUGUAGUCAUUACACUUUUAUCAUUGAAACCUAUUUACCACUUUGAAGAUGCUUUUAAUCAGUGGUUAGAAAUGAUUCUUAACUACUCUUCAAGUGAACACAGCUUAGAUUCUCGUCUUAUGGUAGCUGAAGGAAUAGCCGGCUUGAUGCCAUUCCUCUCUUUUCAUCCAAAUAUAUCUGAAUCAGCCAAAUUAGAAUUGUUUGAAACAGUGGUAAUGCUGCUGCAGGAUGAUUGGGAUGUAGUACGUGACACUAUUGCCAAGGGAGUUGAGAGACUGUUGGCAUGGCAUCAUGAUCAACCACAGCUUUCUCUUCAGUCUACAAGGAUGUUACCCCAAAUUUGUGAUGUAAUCAGCAAUAUCAGAACACCAGAGGCAUUAUCCUUGCUGGUGAAGCUCAUACUGAAGGAGGACUUGCCACAAGACUUUGGACUAACACAAGAUGAUGACAGGGUAUUUGAUAAAGGAGAAAUGAAUGUUUACAGUGAAGAUAUCACUGUAGGCAGGACAGCUGCCAGGUCCUUGGCUUGUACUUUAUCUUCCUGGCCUUCAGGCUUCAGCCCACCAGUAUUUCUCAAGUCUCAAAUUGAGCCACUUCUUUGUAUAUUUUCAUCCACACAGAAAAAUGAUAACUUAAUGAAGAUGCAAAUAGAAAAUAAAGAAGGGACAUUUCUCUCCAUUUCCAGUUUUCUUAACUUGCUAGAACAAGAUAUCAAUUUUAUAUUCCAGCAGAUUUCAGCAUCAUCUGACAGAGCUUUAUAUUGUGUAAAAAAUAUUGAUACCUGGCUUGUGAGGUUAGGCUGCCGAUCAGCUCUCUGGAGAUCUCUGACACAACAUUAUCACACUGAUUCAUCUGUAGUAUCAUCAGUGGUGACAGCUUUGAAAAACAGCAUCAUUAAAGGGAAGUUUCUCAGUCAAAUUUUGGAUGAGUUAUCAUAAGCACGGUCUGGUACAGUAUGUCUUUGUGCGUGUGUGAGAGAAAGAAAAAGAGAAACUAGUAAUUAAUUAUUUUUCCUGGUGAUUUACAGCAGCAUUUGAAAUAUUUUACCCAGAAAAUUAUUUUUUUAAACCAUUGACAUAAUACCUGCACACGUGAAGACAUGCAACAGUUAAAAAAAAAUGUGCACAAUAAAAAAAGUGCUUAGAAUAAUUUAAGAAUUAAAACAUUAAAUUAAAGAGCUUUUUAAUGAUUGAUCCUUCCUCUUGUUAUCUGUUGCAUAAGCAGUGAAAUAUUUUAAAGCUCAACUCUGAUACUGUACCAUUGUCAUUUUCAGUGUAGUUACAGGUAAAAAUUUACUUCCACAAAUUUCUGUAACUUUUACAUACUGUACAUGGAAAUUAAGAUUAAAAACUAUAGCAGUACUGGGUAACCUUGAUCAUAGGGUGAUGGUAAUAAUCAACAGGUAACUAAGCUGUGAUUACACCUGCCACAUCCACAGUCUGGUAGCUGCCAAGAUAAGUUUUACUCAAAACUUAUGUUUAUGUGUAAAAAUGAAUUAGUUGCCAUUAUUUAUAAAAAAAAUUAAUUAAUUCUUAAUUUAGGUAACUGUAUUUUUAUUAUAUUCAGUGAAGUCUUCCCACAACACCAAACAAGUUCCUGCAUUAUAGAUUCAUGGCUGUAUUUUUUUUAGUCAAUUGAUCUUGAUUUUGGAACAUACAUUUUUUUAUUAUUUAAUGCUUGAAAUUAGGUUUUGUUAAGUCAAGAAAUUAUUAGUCACAGAAUCAGCUUCCUGUCAUUAAACCCCAUGAGAUUGGCUUUAUCCUUAUCAUACAAGAAAAUGAGGAAAUAAGUUUGUAAACCAAAUUUGUGACUGAUUCAAACAAACCAGUGCCAUGUUUAGUUUACUUUUCUUAACCACUGGAUUGUGGUUUGAGCUUGCUCCAUAAUCCCUGGUUUAAUUGUAGAUGCAGCUGUUUUUACAGAAAAUUACCAAUUUAUGGGACGCAGUGACUACUGUUAGUGGAUACAGACCACUCCAGUCUGCCCAGUUGUAAAUGGGUAUCUAACUUUAGGUUCCAUGACAAAACCCCAGCGGGGUUGUCAUUUGUCAACACUAAUCAAACCUAACCUAAACAUAAAAGUGUUUUAUUUUAUAUUUUAUAUAUGAGACUGGGGUUUUGUCCGUUGGGGUUUUAUCCGGUCACCCUAACUUUACAGUACAGUUGGGAAGCAAAGGCAGUUAGGUGCUCAGCUAUCCACACUUGUGUGUGUACCAAAAGCUUAGUACAGUAUCCAUACUGCCCCCAAAAGGCCAUCAGGCCUUUGGGAUCUACUUGCACUUUAUGUGCUGACAUCACAGGACAUAAAGUGUCUUUGAUGGUCUAAUUGUUUACUCCAUUUGGCACACUAAAAAACUUUCCUUAUCUGUUUACUCAUAGUAACCAUUAAUUGUUGUAAAUACAAAUGAUGUGAUUGGCAGGAAAAUAUGCUCAUCACCAUUGCCCCAGGUAAUUAAACCCCUUGAUAUACCGUAAAUGGCAAGGUAGACAGUAUUGUAAUUUUCAUAGAUACAGUUUGUAAACACUGGAUUUUGCUCUUCUUUUUAGUCAUGUCCAGGGGAAUUUUCUGAUAAAAUUUUGUGAGACACAAGGGAUGACGGUAAAUUUUUACUGUUACAGUAUAAUAAAAGGAAUUGAUUCUAUUAGAUGCACCAAAUUUAUAUAAAGAUGUAUUUUCCUUUCAAGUCUUUUAAGUUUGUGUUUGUCAAGUUACAAUAUCAUUGUCCAGAAAGUAAUUAUAAAUUGCCUCACUAAGUUCACCAUGGCAUAUAUGGUAACUAAUAUUACAGUACUGUGUUUGUGUGGUUAAAGAGCCACACAAGCAUCCUUAGAAUGUACAGUUAUGGACAAAAAGAAUUUGGCACGGAGGCAGGUGGUGUGUGGGAGGGUGGCGACUUGGCAAUGUGACAGAGAGGUGGCCACAAUUUAUUCAUUUUAUUUUAUUUUUUUUAAUUAUGAUCCAGACUCACAACUGUACAACUGGUUCGUCUUGUCAUUGAAUGAUGCUCUCGACUGAACCAAACAAUAUUUUUCCAAAAUUGCUUGCAAUGUCUGGCAGUGUAUAGAUACAUAUGAUAGUGUUUUGUAGGGACAAAAGCAUUUGAAAGUGUUUGACAAGUGCUCUAGUUGGUACACUCGCUCCAAAAGGUAUCUGCAAGAUUUUGUUCCAGACAAUAUGACAAUGGAUGAAGGAUUUUGACAACCCUACCAAGACAACAACAGUUGCAGGGUUUGUUUUGAAAUUCAUUGGAUCCUACCUUGAAGAUACUUUUUGGAGAGUGUACAAUAAAUACCUGUAGUCUUCACCUGAGAAUUAAGAUACUUGGGCAAGACUGAGACUUCCUGGGAGUAUUCUGUUAUGGUUAUCACUUAGGUCACUUGUCUCAUCUCCUUGGCCUUAAAUUGAUACUGUAUGUACAGUAUCAUUUUAAUCUUUUGUUUUUAUGUUUAUUAAACACAAGUGAAUUUUGCAUACCACUUUUCUUUAUUGUUUGACAAUUUAGAAAUCAAAUUUUUAAAUGUAAAGGUUUUGAGAAACAAAACUGAAUUAGAAUAAGUAAUUAAGUGCCAUUAUAUUUUCAAUCACUAUUUUCUACUGUACAUGUACAGUAUUAGCAUCCAUAGAGUUGAUCUGUAAGAGGACAGAGGGCAGAAAAUUUAAAAUUUCAGAUACUGUACUGCACAAACUGUAUCAGUAGGUAGUACAGUACUGUGUUUAGUGCCGGUAUUUUGAAAUGCAUAGACAAAUUAGGUUACGGUAUGUAAAAUCAACUUGCCUGGUGAAAAUUUAAUAUAAAUCACUGAACAUUUAAUAAAGAUAUGGGAUUUAAAUAUGUGAUAUUUCAACAGAAUUUAAUGGUAUAAAAAUAGAAGUGUUUAAAUUAUUUUUUAAAUAUAAUUUAUUUUUUAUUUUUCUGACUUAUAAUUUACUAGUGAACUCAACUUGAAUAAAAACCAAUUCAAACUUAUAAGUACAAAUACUAAACCUUUCAGUACAUGGAUCUUAAAGAGUAAAUUUAUUAUGUCACUAUUAAUACUGCACCAUUCUUGUUCUACAAAAGCUAACUGUACAGUCAUAUCUUCAAAUAUACAAUUUACAACAUUUAUACCACUACUACAACAUUGACACUUCACAUACAUAAUUUUACAUGGAACUGAUUAAGGUGCAAACAGCAUAGGGUUCUAAAAAAUGUACAUUUUUAAUGCUCAACCCCACACCCCCCCAACCAUAUUGUCCUGUAUUUUGAAUAAAAUCAACCAAAUUAAAAAGAAGUACUGUAGUGAGAAAAUGUAAAGUAUAUAUAACUAGAUAGAAUAAAUGUAAACUAAAUUUUGUGCACACCAAGUUAACCUGGAUAAAACAGUGGUGAUGGAGGGGAAGAGCUAUUUAUAGCAUAGCAGGGGAGAGAAAUCAGGCCUUCCACUAAUUUCCAGACAUGUACCCAGACUGGCAUCUCUUUCACAACCAUUUCCUCCUCAGAACUCCGUGUACUUAAUAUUCACCAAUUAUGAGGCAUAAAAUUUUUCUAACAUUAUUUUUGUACAGGGACUAUAUUUUUGUCUUCAUCACCUGCUUCCUAAUAUUAUUUCCACUUUCAGCAUUCAUUGUUGAACCCAUUUCUUUGGCAAAUUCUACUUCAUCACUUAUUUGUCUAUGCUAGGGUUUCUGAUUAUUUUCAUUACUAUCUUGUGGCAUUUAAGCAUGAGGGGUUCACAAAGUUGAAG